AUGAACGGCGAUACGUACACGUCCAGAGAUUCUGGUCGCCCUAGGGACUACUACCGCGAAGAGCGUCGCGAGCGCGGCGGCGACAGAGCAGAGAGAGGAGAGAGAAGACAUUCGUAUUCGUCCAGCCGUGACUACCGCGCCAGAGAACGCGAGGACCGUUAUUCUAGCCGCAGAGACGACCGGGAAUGGGAUCGGGAUCGCGGUGACCGUGGUGAUCGCGGUGAUCGCCGACGCAGAGAAUACGAAGAUAGACCCUCCCGCCGCGAAAGGGGAGACAGAGAUCUGUUCGAGGAUAGACCUCGACGGGAAGGCAGGGGAGACCGCGAGCGUGAGCGUGGAGAGCGUGCAGAGCGUGGUGGACGCGGAGAUCGCGACCGUGGCGAGCGAGGGGAGCGCAGACGGAGUGCGUCGCCUCCUCGAAAGAGGGAGGCCACUCCCGAUCUCACAGAUAUCGUGUCGGUGCUGGAUCGGAAACGUCGCCUGACGCAGUGGGAUAUCAAGCCUCCGGGCUACGAGAAUGUUACUGCCGAGCAGGCGAAGCUGUCAGGCAUGUUCCCCCUCCCUGGAGCCCCCCGACAGCAGCCGAUGGACCCCAGCCGCCUUCAAGCUUUCAUGAACCAGCCCGCCGGCGGCAACGCGGACACAUCUACCCUCAAGCCUUCCAACUCUCGCCAGGCCAAGCGUCUUUUUGUUUACAACAUUCCCCAGACUGUCACCGGCGAGACCCUUUUGGCCUUCUUCAACGUCCAGCUCAAUGGCCUGAACGUUAUCGAGAGCGUGGAUCCUUGCAUUUCGGCCCAGGUGGCCCAGGACCACUCGUUCGCCCUGCUCGAAUUCAAGUCGCCCAAUGACGCUACAGUUGCGCUUGCGUUCGACGGAAUAGCGAUGGAGGAGCACGAAGCUGCUGGCAACGGGGCCGCUAAUGGUGCCGCUCAGGGCCUGGAAGUGCGGCGACCCAAGGAUUACAUUGUCCCUGGCGGAGCUGAGCAGGAAUACCAGGAAGGCGUGUUGCUGAAUGAGGUUCCUGACUCUCCCAACAAGAUCUGCGUGUCUAACAUUCCCAACUACAUCCCCGAAGAGCCUGUGACAAUGCUUCUUAAGUCUUUCGGAGAGCUCAAGUCGUUUGUUUUGGUAAAGGACAGUUCUACGGAGGAGUCUAGGGGUAUUGCAUUCUGCGAGUAUGCCGAUCCCUCAGCAACAACGAUUGCGGUGGAAGGUCUCAAUGGAAUGGAGCUGGGCGAUAGACACCUCAAGGUUGUGCGCGCCAGUAUCGGAAUGACACAGGCUGCAGGCCUCGACAUGGGCGUCAACGCGAUGUCGAUGUUCGCCAAGACGACGUCUCAGGACCUGGAGACCAGCCGCGUGUUGCAGUUGCUCAACAUGGUGACACCGGAGGAGUUGAUGGACCCUGAGGAUUACGAAGAAAUCUGCGAUGACGUACGCGACGAAUGCUCCAAGUACGGCACUGUAGUUGAGCUGAAGGUACCUCGUCCGACCGGCGGCAGCCGACAGUCGCCAGGAGUGGGCAAGAUCUUUGUCAAGUUCGACACGGUGGAAUCGACGACGAAUGCUCUGAAGGCGCUUGCGGGCAGGAAGUUCUCGGACCGGACUGUGGUUACAACCUACUUUUCCGAGGAAAACUUCGACGUCAACGCAUGGUAA